ACCGCGUUAAUUAAAUCUGUACCGGUGAAAGUCGGCAUUUUUUGCUAGUUCAGCUCACCCCCACCGGCGAUGAAGCCCAUCGUCCUCUCCGUCGCCGUGGACCGCCGGUGGCUGCUCCCUCUCGCCGCCGGCUCAGCGCUCUCUCUCUUUCUCCUCGUCCUCCUCACCACCGUCCCUUUCCCCUUCCCCUCCGCCUCGCCCUCCCGGACCCUCUUCGUGGAGCACAAGCUCGCCCCGACCCCGCCAUCAGCCGCCGGCGAUUCCCUCCCCCGCAUCGCAUACCUCAUCUCCGGAUCCGCCAGGGACGCCUCCGCGCUCCGCCGCGUUCUCCUCGCGCUCUACCACCCCAGGAACCUCUACAUCCUGCACCUGGAUGCCGAGGCGCCGGACGCCGACCGCCGGGACCUGGCCGCGGGGCUCGCCGCGCACCCCGUCAUCGCCGCUGCCGGAAACGUGCGCGUCGUCGAGCGGGCCAACCUCGUCACCUACCGCGGGCCCACCAUGGUCGCGAGCACCCUCCACGCCGCCGCCGCCCUCCUCUGGGGCCACGCCGGCGCCGGCGGCUCCGACUGGGACUGGUUCAUCAACCUCUCCGCCUCGGACUACCCGCUCGUCACCCAGGAUGAUCUGCUACAUGUCUUUUCCAAGCUGCCGCGUGAUCUCAACUUCAUCGACCACACAAGCAACAUCGGAUGGAAGGAGUUUCAGAGGGCGAAGCCAGUCAUCAUAGACCCAGGGCUCUACAUGAAGAAGAAGGCGGACGUGUUUUGGAUACCGCAGCGCCGGAGUGUGCCAACAGCCUUCAAACUCUUCACUGGUUCAGCCUGGAUGGCACUGUCCAGGUCGCUCGUGGAAUAUAGCAUAUGGGGCUGGGACAACCUGCCCCGCACCGUCCUCAUGUACUACUCCAACUUCAUCUCGUCGCCUGAGGGCUACUUCCACACUGUGGUCUGCAACGCUGAGGAGUUCAGGAACACCACCGUGAACCAUGACCUGCACUACAUCUCGUGGGACAACCCCCCAAAGCAGCACCCACAUUACCUCACGCUGGAAGACCUGGACAGGAUGGUGGCCAGUGAUGCUCCCUUCGCCCGCAAGUUCCAUGCGGACGACCCGGUGCUGGACAAGAUCGACGCAGAGAUCCUGUCCCGCACUACCCCAGAAAUGCCCACGCCUGGAGGCUGGUGUGCGGGGAAUGGGAGCGACCUGUGCUCGGUCAUCGGAAACGCCAGCGUCCUACGGCCGGGCCGCGGGGCUGUGAGGCUGCAGCGGCUCGUCUCAGCGCUCCUGUCGGAGGAGAAGUUCCACCCGAGGCAGUGCAAGUGAAAAAUGUGGUUCUGAUCCCAGAACUGGGGUGUGUGUGUGCAUGGACUCCUGCCUACCGGCGACGCACGGUCGCGGCUCGCCAUUUUGUCGGGUAGCAGGCUGUGCGGUGUAAUGUUGUAUGACCUCAGGGUAAGUAGGGUUUGUUGUAUCAGUCACCCACUUGUAAGAACUGAAGCCACAACAUGGUUUAUCAUAUGUGACCGCCACGGAAUGAAACUGAAGAGGGGAACUCACUAAUCAAUGUAUAUUAAUUUACCCCUGCA